UGUAAUGUACAAUAUAUAUAUUCACUGCCAAUAUUCACUGCCAAUAUUCAAUGCUGAUGUUUAACGCUCACAAACUCUAAAUUCAACGAACUUUCUUCAGAAGAUCUUAUCUGAGCAACAAGAAGAAAGACUGAACUUUUGAAACAAAAUUGCACAAUUCAGAAUUGAGAAAAUGGAUUAUUGAAUGAGACCCGAAAACAAGAAAAGUGAUUCAUUUAGGAGCCAAUUUUGUAAUAUAGAGUAUAAAGAUAUAGUACUCCGUAUUAUGCAAAAUUAGAUUUUCUAACUUUAUUAUACCCAUUUACGAAAACCAGAUCCUAGUACCUACGCAGUGGAAGCUAAGGGAAUUGAACCUAAAGUCUAAAUCGACCCAUCCUCUCUCUUUUAAAGCAGAUCCACACGCAGUAAGUUUUAUCUUUUUUCCUCAAAUUGGUGCGGAUAUGCACUGCUCGAUUGCCAGAUCUGGACUGCGUCGCACAACUCUGCAAGGCAAGUUUGCCACGCCGGAGAUGGAGAGGAAGCUCUGGGAUGGCUCGUCUGUGAACGGAGGUUGGAUGGUAAUCGGCGGCUGGGCGGCGGGCGGCAGAUCGACAUCGAACAACGUCUUGGCACUCAGGUCGGGCGGACACUUGCUUCAGGCCGGAGUUCUAGAUCGGCGACUGUGCUCACAUGCCGGUAUUCUGUGGAAGAAAGCGAUGCUGGAAGGUGGGCGGUGGCUAGAUGGCGGGCUGACGGCAGGGUGGCUUCGCGGGUGGCGGGGUGCGCGUUUGGAGGUUGUGGCUAGGGUUGAUGAAAAUGGAUGGAAGGUUAAGGUUUUAUAGGUAUAAGCUAAAGGGUAUAUUUGUCCAUAAAAAUUAUUUAUUAUUUAUUAAUUACGAAUUUUAAUUAAAUAUUAUAAAUAUUAAUAUUAUUUUGGGAAAAAAACUAGUUAGGUCAUAGAUUGAGAAACUCAUUAAGUUUUAGUCAUACGUAGGAUAAUUAUCUCAAUAUAAAAAGCAAUGUGUAAAUUAGUCGGCCAUAACUCUAUAUAUGAGAAUUCAUUCUUGUUUAAA